CCAGUCUCAGUGGGCGGCUGCUGGGUGGCGCUGAGCUCUACAAACUCUCCACAGAAGCUGCAAAGCUGGUUCUGGAGCAACACUACAUGGAUUCCGUCGCCGAAGCUGCCAAAUUCUCGGCGGAAAUCGCGGCAGCUGAAGGAGCUGUAUCGUCAA